GGUGGUCGAAGUCUUGCGAUCGCCCCCAACGAAGGGAGCCCCGCCCCGCUGCUCCAUUGCGGCCCCGCCCAGGCCCGCAGCGCGGCGCUGCAGCGCAAGGGGCGGAGAGGCAGAGCGUCCAGAGAGGACCGGACGCCCAGGUCGCCUGCAUCUCGCUGCCGCAGGAGGGAGAAGCGCGCCCGGCCUUGCUUCCCAGCCUUCGCCCGAGCCCCCUCAACUGCUUUCUCGGCCCCAGAGACCGAGCACCUGUCCUCCGCCUCGGCCUCAGCUGAGCGCCCCCUUUCUCGGGAGCACACACCACUCCUGCAGCCCAAGAAGUGCCCCAGCCCCGCGCCGGCGACUACCAUGGCGGAGACCAACAACGAAUGCAGCAUCAAGGUGCUCUGCCGAUUUCGACCCCUGAACCAGGCUGAGAUUCUGCGGGGGGACAAGUUCAUCCCCAUUUUCCAAGGCGACGACAGCGUCGUUAUUGGGGGGAAGCCAUAUGUCUUUGACCGUGUAUUUCCCCCCAACACGACUCAGGAGCAAGUUUAUCAUGCAUGUGCCAUGCAGAUUGUCAAAGAUGUCCUUGCUGGCUACAAUGGUACCAUCUUUGCUUAUGGACAGACAUCCUCAGGGAAAACACAUACCAUGGAGGGAAAGCUGCACGACCCCCAGCUGAUGGGAAUCAUUCCUCGCAUUGCCCGAGACAUCUUCAACCACAUCUACUCGAUGGAUGAGAACCUCGAGUUCCACAUCAAGGUUUCUUACUUUGAGAUUUACCUGGACAAAAUUCGUGACCUUCUGGAUGUGACCAAGACAAAUCUGUCAGUGCACGAGGACAAGAACCGGGUGCCAUUUGUCAAGGGUUGUACUGAACGCUUUGUGUCCAGCCCAGAGGAGAUUUUGGAUGUGAUUGAUGAGGGGAAAUCAAAUCGUCAUGUGGCUGUUACCAACAUGAAUGAACACAGCUCUCGGAGCCACAGCAUAUUCCUCAUCAACAUCAAGCAGGAGAAUAUGGAAACUGAGCAGAAGCUCAGUGGAAAGCUGUAUCUGGUGGACCUGGCAGGGAGCGAGAAGGUCAGCAAGACUGGAGCAGAGGGAGCCGUGCUGGACGAGGCAAAGAAUAUCAACAAGUCGCUGUCAGCCCUGGGGAACGUGAUCUCCGCACUGGCUGAAGGCACCAAAAGCUACGUUCCAUAUCGUGACAGCAAAAUGACCCGGAUUCUCCAGGACUCUCUGGGAGGAAACUGCAGGACGACCAUGUUCAUCUGCUGCUCACCAUCCAGUUACAACGAUGCAGAGACCAAGUCCACCCUGAUGUUUGGGCAGCGGGCAAAGACCAUUAAGAACACUGCGUCAGUGAAUCUGGAGUUGACGGCUGAGCAGUGGAAGAAGAAAUAUGAGAAGGAGAAGGAGAAGACGAAGGCCCAGAAGGAGACGAUUGCAAAGCUGGAGGCUGAGCUGAGCCGUUGGCGUAAUGGAGAGAACGUGCCUGAGACAGAGCGCUUGGCUGGGGAGGAUGCAGGCUUGGGAGCUGAGCUCUGUGAGGAGACCCCUGUCAACGACAACUCGUCCAUUGUGGUGCGCAUCGCACCCGAGGAGCGGCAGAAAUACGAAGAGGAGAUCCGCCGCCUCUACAAGCAGCUUGACGACAAGGAUGAUGAGAUCAACCAGCAGAGCCAGCUCAUAGAGAAGCUCAAGCAGCAGAUGCUGGACCAGGAAGAGCUGCUAGUGUCCACCCGAGGAGACAACGAGAAGGUCCAGCGGGAGCUGAGCCACCUGCAGUCGGAGAACGACGCCGCCAAGGAUGAGGUGAAGGAAGUGCUGCAGGCCCUGGAGGAGCUGGCAGUGAACUACGACCAGAAGUCCCAGGAGGUGGAGGAAAAGAGCCAGCAGAACCAGCUGCUGGUGGAUGAGCUGUCUCAGAAGGUGGCCACCAUGCUGUCCCUGGAGUCUGAGUUGCAGCGGCUACAGGAGGUCAGUGGCCACCAGCGAAAACGAAUUGCUGAGGUGCUGAACGGGCUGAUGAAGGACCUGAGCGAGUUCAGUGUCAUCGUGGGCAACGGGGAGAUUAAGCUGCCCGUGGAGAUCAGUGGGGCCAUCGAGGAGGAGUUCACUGUGGCCCGACUUUACAUCAGCAAAAUAAAAUCAGAAGUCAAGUCUGUGGUCAAGCGGUGCCGGCAGCUGGAGAACCUCCAGGUGGAAUGUCAUCGCAAGAUGGAAGUGACUGGGCGGGAGCUCUCAUCUUGCCAGCUCCUCAUCUCCCAGCAUGAGGCCAAGAUCCGCUCGCUCACAGAAUACAUGCAGAGUGUGGAGCUAAAGAAGCGGCACCUAGAAGAGUCCUAUGACUCCCUCAGUGAUGAGCUGGCCAAGCUCCAGGCCCAGGAAACUGUGCAUGAAGUGGCCCUCAAGGACAAGGAGCCAGACACACAGGAUGCAGAUGAAGUGAAGAAGGCCCUGGAGCUGCAGAUGGAGAGUCACCGGGAGGCCCAUCACCGGCAGCUGGCCCGGCUCCGGGAUGAGAUCAAUGAGAAGCAGAAGACCAUCGACGAGCUCAAAGACCUGAAUCAGAAGCUCCAGUUAGAGCUGGAGAAGCUCCAGGCUGACUAUGAGAAGCUGAAGAAUGAAGAACACGAGAAGAGCACCAAACUCCAGGAGCUGACAUUUCUGUACGAGCGACAUGAGCAGUCCAAGCAGGACCUCAAGGGUCUGGAGGAGACAGUUGCCCGGGAACUCCAGACCCUCCACAACCUUCGCAAGCUGUUCGUUCAAGACGUCACGACUCGAGUCAAGAAAAGUGCAGAAAUGGAGCCCGAGGACAGUGGGGGGAUUCACUCCCAAAAGCAGAAGAUUUCCUUUCUUGAGAACAACCUGGAACAGCUUACAAAGGUUCACAAACAGCUGGUACGUGACAAUGCAGAUCUGCGCUGUGAGCUUCCUAAAUUGGAAAAACGACUUAGGGCUACGGCUGAGAGAGUUAAGGCCCUGGAGGGUGCACUGAAGGAGGCCAAAGAGGGAGCCAUGAAGGACAAGCGCCGCUACCAGCAGGAGGUGGACCGCAUCAAGGAGGCCGUUCGCUACAAGAGCUCCGGCAAGCGGGGCCAUUCUGCCCAGAUUGCCAAACCUGUGCGGCCUGGCCACUACCCUGCGUCUUCACCCACCAACCCCUAUGGCACCCGGAGCCCUGAGUGCAUCAGUUAUACCAACAGCCUCUUCCAGAACUACCAGAAUUUGUACCUGCAGCCCACACCUAGCUCCACCUCAGAUAUGUACUUUUCUAACUCCUGUACCAGCAGUGGAGCCGCAUCUUCUGGGGGCCCCUUGGCUUCCUACCAGAAGGCCAACAUGGACAAUGGAAAUGCCACAGAUAUCAAUGACAAUAGGAGCGACCUCCCAUGCGGCUACGAGGCUGAGGACCAGGCCAAGCUUUUCCCUCUCCACCAAGAGACAGCAGCCAGCUAAUCUCCCACACCAACUGCUACGUACCUGCACUUUCAGUUUCUAAGAUGGCCUGAGGCCUCUUCUUUCAGCAUGCUGCAAACCCGUGGUCUCUGAUACUAACUCCCUCCCUAACCCCUGUUGUUCGACUGUACUACGUUUGAUGUCUUCUCUUACUCACUCUGUAUCUCUUUGUACUCUGUAUCUAUAUAUCAAAAGCUGCUGCUAUGUCUCUUCUCUCUGUCUCACUCUAAGUAUCUGAUGAUGUAUUUAGCAAUUUCUAAGCAUAGGCUGCCCUGCCUUCCUUGUUUGGAGCAACAGGGAGGAGGGCAAAUGUUUCUUCCUCUCUCAUAUAUUUGUGUCUCACACUGAGUGGUGUUAGUCACUGAGUAGAGGUCACGGAGAUGACAAAAGAAAAAACAGGAGCUAGAGGGCUGUGAUCCUUCAAACACACACACAGACACAGACACACACAUGCACACACACAAAGCCUUAAGCAGAAGAAUGUCUUAGCAUCAUAAGACAGAGAAACAGACUCUUCCUCCUUCCUCUUUCACAUAGAGUACAGGGGACGGUAAGAUGGAAGGGCUGCUAAAUUAGACAUAUGAUUUUCUUCAUACACCCCUCACCUGAAUCCAGGGAUUGCAGGUGUUUACCUCUGCCCUACAAAGUCUAUCUUUUGCCUCCCUCUUCCUAUUUUACCCUGGACUGAAAACAUGGCUUGUUCAAGGAACCAUUUCCCUUUCUCUUCAAAGCUCCUUUUGAUAUUCUCUACCCUAGAGCUCAUGACCAGAGUUGAUUAACAAUAUUUCAAAAAACUGAGGAGGCAGACCCCUGCCAACGGUCUUUCAAAUGGCUGCGCAUCUGUCCAUGGUGAUAGUUACAGACAAGUGUAGUGAAAGGUGAUUGAUUCCUUGGGUUUGGGGGUAAACAGGCUGGAGAAUUCCUAAGUAUAUUUUAUCACAGUGCCCUCAGGUUGAAGCAAUGAGCUGCAUUCCUUUCUCUGUCCCAUAUUGGGUUGCAUGUUCCUCCCUUUAGGUUUGGGGGCUUCUCGUUCAUUGACAAAAUCUCUCUCUCUAGUUGCCUUUCCUUUCAAACUGAUUUUUUUCCCAAUAUACAAAAUUUUUUCCCCAUAAAGUUUCUUCUCUCACAUCCCCAUCUAGUAUUAAGUGCACUUUAAAGAAAGGGGCAAGGCCGACUUUCUAGAGGUGGGGGAGCCCCAGGGAUCAACCUGGAUGGCUUUUCCCCCAGCCAUUCUCAGCCCAUAUGCCCCCCUCCAUAGUUAAGAGGACUAUUGUUUUAGUUUCAGAUGGUCCUUUCCUUCCACAUGGUGCUAAGGUGGUUUUCCAGGUAGCUGUAGGAAUGGAGGUCCCCAGCUAGUCCAAACCAAGAAAGAAAAUCUGGUGUCCUGAUGUCCAGUAUUAUCUAGAAUGGAAGACCAGGAUCCUCCAGCAGCAGGGCAUCCUAUCACCCAGCUUCUUCUAAGGCAAGAAAGAAAGCUCAGUGGGAGGGCCAGGUGCAUACAGAGUCCUUCAAGGGAAAGAGGCCCUGGCCCCUUUACCUAUUGGGCCCUUUUGAGCAGUUAAGGAGAAAGGCAGGGAAAAAAAUAUCAGAGGGGUGUGAAAUAAAUCCAAAGUGGUGAUUUUCAACCAUUUUUCAAAAUAAAUCUUACAUAGAACCCUGAUAUAAAAAGCAAAAGUAAUGCAGAUCUGGGCAGUUUGCAUCUUUCUUUUUUUUUUUUUUUAGUGGAAAAUGCUUCAUUUGUUGAGGAGCCCUUGAACAGUCCUAAGAGACCCUGAGAAUUCUAUAGAGUAGUUGGAAAACCACUGUUCUGAGGAAGGGGGUCCAAUCUGGCUCCUCUACACUAAACCUGCAACUCAGAGAGAAGAGGGAAAGGGUGGGGUGGAUGAGCCACACUGUCUCAGGUCCAGUUGGAGAAAAAGAAAGGUACCUGUGGUCCUGUGGACUUAGGCUAAUAUCUGCCAGAAGGGCACCUAAGAACCCAGGUUUUUUUAUGUAAUGUUGUCACCAAAUGAUUUAAAAACACAUAAGAAAAUGUGAAGGCAUAGGACAGAUGAGGAGAGAGGUGACACCAAGGGAGCAGCCUUCUCUUUAGCAACAUGUAAGGGAAAUAUAAUUUACUUACACAAAUAAGAAAUAACACACACACAGACCUUCACCAGAAGCUUCACACUACACCCUCCUCAUCCUCUUCUUGCUCCCCACCUUCACUACAACCCUUUCAGAGAGCCAGGGUCACCACAAGGGGCACCUGGCCUGCCCACUCACAUCUGCCAGAAUGUUGCAUGCCAGAGUGGAAGAUAAACCAAACUGCACAAACCCCAGUGUGUAUUUAUUUGGUGUACAUAGAUGCCUUUAAAAUAAAAUACAUUCAAUGAUGA